AUUCACUACUGACCGGGACAUAUAUUUAACGUUGGAUGAAAAACACUGAACUUCCUUGUCUGUCGCCAGGAGCUGCCAUGGCUGGGCAGGCGAGCUGUCAUCAUAUUCGGCCGACACCAAUGGAACAGAGAACAUCAUCUACUGCCGUGUUCGUAUUCCUGGCUAGCAUCAUAUACGGAGAAAUCAAAGGUUCAACACAAAGCGUAACCCAGCCAUGUGAGAAAAACAAAAAAGCCAUCUCACUCUGCGAAAGUAGCUCCGAUAACCGCCCGUCAGGUUUUCUCACAUACAACAUGUCCACUUCACCGGAGUGGUGCAACUGCAGCCUUUCAACAGACCAAGAAGAUACGAUGGAUGUGCAGUUUUCGACGACAGUACACAACGCAACGUAUGACUUCGUCCUCCACGUUGCAAGAGGUGGCGGUGGCAACAUCAGCGGCAGACACGGACACUGGAACGACAGCAUAUCUAAAAAGAUGCCGUGGACCGUGUACCUGUCGAAGGCUAAUCUGAAAACAAAACGUGCAGCAAUUCAAGGAUUAUGUUUCUCCUAUGAAGUUAAGAAUGAAACAACAAGAUUCUCUAUCUUAUGCCGCGCCUCCGACACGGAACUGGACAAGUCUGAGCCGAGGAUUCCAGACACAUCACUGAUCAUUUGGUUUCUGUCCGGACUGGCUUGUGCUCUGGCUAUUGCGGCAGUCGUGGUGGUGUUCAUGUUCCAAAAACCGAGGUGUGUGGGAAGAGACAGAAGGUUCAGUACUAAGGCACAGGAUGAAAUACUCACAGCUCUACAAAGGACAUCCAGUAGGGGAGAGGACAAGGAUGGGGAGAAGGAUGGGCAGGAGGAUGGGCUGGAGAAGACGUCCGGUGAAUGCAGACUUCCACUGCAAGACCACACAGCUCAAGGAGCGUGUAUCUCCAGCUCCGAGGCCAUCCACGAUAGAGGGGUGGCCAAGGAGAGCUCAGCUCGUGGGUAUCUUGGGACAACACAUGAACCGGGAAAUCAUAUUGAACUCAAUGAUGUCCAGACUGGUCCAUCUGCUGAGGGUGAUGUAGGAGCAUCGGAUGACGAGGCGGAAAAAUCCAAAUGGUCGACAAUAUUGUCUAUGAAACAAGCAGUGGCCAGACUGGUCCAUCUGCUGAGGGUGGAGUAGGAACAUCGGAUGACGAGGCGGAAAAAGUCCAAAUGGUCGACAAUAUUGUCUAUGAAACAAGCAGUGGCCAGACUGGUCCAUCUGCUGAGGGUGGAAUAGGAACAUCGGAUGACGAGCCGGAAAAAGUCCAAAUGGUCGACAAUAUUGUCUAUGAAACAAGCAGUGGCCAGACUGGUCCAUCUGCUGAGGGUGGAGUAGGAACAUCGGAUGACGAGGCGGAAAAAGUCCAAAUGGUCGACAAUAUUGUCUAUGAAACAAGCAGUGGCCAGACUGGUCCAUCUGCUGAGGGUGGAGUAGGAACAUCGGAUGACGAUGUGGAAGAAAUCCAAAUGGUCGACAAUAUUGUCUAUGAAACAUGCAGCGGUGGUGGAAAGUAGAAUUUGGCCUUUACUCUACAAACAUGCUCGGAGGGAGAGUAUCCAGACAUGAUCUUGAACCCACGAAUAACAUGAACUGUCAGACGAUGUCAAGCAUGCACAUAAAUAUAUUUUUUUAGCUUGCCAUGUGACUCUCAAAAGAGUUAUGUAUUUUUAAUACGCUUAUUAUUAAGACAUGUGACCGGAAUGACGAACUGUGUUAUAUUUUUACCGUAAAAGUGAAUUAUGUGUUUAUUUAAGUUUUCUCAUCUUCAGCAAUAAAAACGUGAAGCCUUAAA